GGGAACAGCAAGUGGGCAGCACUCCGCGUUUUUCCUCCGAAUGGCUCCUUCUCUGACGGCGUCUUUUUCAGCUCAUUCGUGUAAAAUUUCGAGUGCCGAGCAGAAGUGUAGACCGUGGAGGAAAUUCCCCAGAACAAAUUACGCUUGAAUUCCGUGUAGCAAUCAUUCCCAUCGCGGCAGCAACCAAAGUGCCUAGAGCAUCUCGCCAACGCAGCUAACACAGCAGCAGCAAAAAAAAUCGAUUGAAUUAAAAUGGCUGGAGGCAAAGCAGGCAAAGAUUCCGGCAAGGCAAAGGCGAAGGCAGUUUCCCGAUCGGCGCGCGCGGGACUUCAGUUCCCCGUUGGUCGCAUCCACCGUCACCUCAAGAGCCGCACCACAUCCCACGGACGCGUCGGAGCCACGGCAGCCGUAUACUCUGCUGCCAUAUUGGAAUACUUGACCGCCGAGGUGCUCGAGUUGGCAGGCAACGCAUCAAAGGAUCUGAAGGUGAAACGUAUCACGCCGCGCCACUUACAACUCGCCAUUCGUGGAGACGAAGAACUGGACAGCCUGAUCAAGGCAACCAUUGCCGGUGGCGGCGUCAUUCCGCAUAUACACAAGUCGCUGAUCGGCAAGAAGGAGGAGACUGUCCAGGACCCGCAGCGUAAGGGCAACGUCAUUCUGUCGCAGGCCUACUAAGGCCGGUCGGCUGGUUGGCUAGUCGGCGGACGCUUUUAAACUUGCGAAAUUAAUGUUAAAUUCAGAAUCCAGAGAAGAGACAGAAAUACAAACAAACCGACAAGUUGUAAUCAUUUCUGUGCGUUCGCACACACUUUAUAUACUACAACGUAAUACAUAAAUAUGUAAUUCUAGCAUCUCCCCAACACACACAAUGCAUACAACAUACACAAAAAACACAAAAAAAACAAAAAAAAUAUAAAAAACACGAAACGUAUUAGCCCGCGCACAUUUUAGGCGAGGUUCAAUAUGAAAGAAAAACAAAACUUAAUUUAGAGCAAAAUAACUACACGAAUAAAUUUAAUAAAAAUUUAAAAUAAAAAGCGUCAGUCUUGUUAUUUUCCAAAAUGUUACACUUACAAGACUAGGAUCCAUUAAUAAUCUCACAAAAUGAAGAUGAGAAUGAAUUUGUAGACACGAGAAUAUUGUAAAAUGUUUUGAGAAAGGUUAUAGAGUAAUAGUUACUGAUUAUAAUCAAAGAAGAUAUUUUAAAUUUAUAUUUUAUUUUCAACUUUUUUACUCUUCCCGUAUUCUUCCCAUGGAAACGAAUGUAAGAUUUUGAAAGUAUUUACCAUGUUUAUUUUCAUUGAACUUAAAAGAAAGUAUUAAAGUCGUAAAAAACGAA